AUGGAGACUUUCCUUCAUCUCAACCUGGUCUCUGACAUACCCCCAAUUAAAUGGGAUCUUGCAGACAAUCACGACUCAGGAUCCAAGACUUGCCUCGAAUUAGUGCAAGAAAACCAAGAAAUGUGGCACAAGUUUCGGAAGGCCCAAGUGUUGGUGGAGAGAGCCAUUGAUGCAGUGGAUGCGGCAAAUGCCCAGUUGGCAUUAGGGGGAAUGUAUGUGUCUAAAGCUCAGACACAGCUCUUGGCGUGGGAAGAAGCAGAGAAGUCGAAGGAGGAUGGUGGACACAUUAAAGGGACAUUUGGCCGAGUUGUGAUGCAUGAUGGUUUCUUGAGGGACCAAGCAGAGCGCGCUCAGAGAAAAUUAAAUGAGCAAGAGUUGGAACGAUGGAAGGAAGAGGCUAAGGAGCAGUGGAAAGUGUUCAACAACUCACAGAAGGCAGAAAUAAUGAGCUGGCGCGAAGAAAAAGCACACUUGGCCACACUCAAACAAAAAGCACCACCAAAGCCACUGGAGGUCUGA